GUCUUGAGUAAGGAACAUAACAACACAGGGGACAAACCUAAGUUACUUUGUGUGUAAUGUAAGAUGGAAGAGAUGUGUUUUUCCGGACUUUGUUUUUACUACCUCCUUAUUGCUGUUUCAUUGAAGACUUGCUGGUCAAAAGAGCUUGAUUGUCCUCCACUACAUAUAAUAAAUGCCAAAGUGCGCACAUACCCGCUAGGUUCUGUGGAGGCUAGUGUGGAGUGUGAGGACGGCUACAGUUUGAUUGGCUCUAACAAGUUGUUAUGUACAAAUGGAAUGUGGCAACCAGCCAAUCUACCUCAAUGUGUCAGCAAAUUGCCCACAAUUGUGACUUGCUCAAAUCCAACAUUUAGUCAUGCUACAGUCAGAAUGGACAGCUCGAAGAAAUCAGCUGAGGUUCACUGUAAUAGCCAAUACAGUAUCAAAUUCCGUCAACAGUCGCUCAGCUCACUUAAAAUUGUCUGUAGCCAGGGCUUACGCUGGGUCACGGUCGAAGGCUGGACAAACAUACCAGACUGCACAAGUGAUAUAGAAUGUUCUCCCCCUCCGGAGGUGAUUCAUGCCAGUAUUACUGAACGUCUCAACACCUGGACGCCAUAUACACAGGACACGCCUGUAACCUACAGGUGUGACUCCGGCUACAAACUGUUAUCUAGGGGCUCAUACGAUGACUUUCUCUUCAACUCGUAUUCAACACUCCGCUGCUCCGGAGGAAAAUGGGUUGGAGACCCACCUGUGUGUCUUAAGAUACCGGGCUGUAACAGACCUCCUGAUGUGGCCAAUGGGAAGUGGAACAUCAUACCUGGGAUGAAUGACCUUGAAAUGGGGGAGAACCAAGACACGUAUCCUAUUGGUACACAUAUCAAGUAUUACUGCAUUAACUCCAAAAUUAGAGGAGCUGAUGAGAUCGUGUGUCAUACAAAUGAACUGUGGUCACAGCUGCCACCAAUCUGCAUGAACAGUGGAGUUCAAUCCGAUUCCUGCGCCAAGUUUCCGUUGGUGCCCAAUGGCCAGUGUAUAUGUUACUCCCACACCUCUGAUCCUGACCAGUGUAGACUGCUCGGCUCUAUGCUGGAGUGUUCCUGUAUUGACGGAUUCCGCCUCGCGGGGGAAGAUCAACUUAGCUGUGUUAGAAAUAGUCAGGGACAAAAUAACUGGAGUGCAAGCAUACCAACAUGUGUCCCAGUAGACCAGUCCAUUCAGACGACAGACAAAGACACGGAUGACGGAAGCGGACACAUGAACACCCUGGCCAUUGUCAUUGCCACAGCAUGUAGUGUGUUGGGUGUGUUGUUGUUGGUGAUGGUGGUGAUGGUGUUUCGACGCAGAAAGCCCCAGGGACGUCUCUAUCCACAAGUAGGUGGAACCCCACCCCCGUACUCCCGUGUCUACAACAACACUAUAGAUGAACACGACAGAGUGGCUUUGAUUGGCUACGAGGCAGCAAGACUGCCGUCAUACGAGGAGGCCAUAAGGACAAGGUCAUUAGGACCAGGCAGGUCUGCGAGAGAGAUAGCAGAAGAUCGCAUUUCAUCAGCUGCUGAUUACAGACCUCUACCAAACAUUCCUUCCAGCCUGCGCAACAAUAGCCAGGCAGACACAGUGAGUAACAGACAUUCCAUCAGUACUGUGAGCACAGUGAACAGGGAUGGUAUAUCAGAGGUGUUUGGCUCUAUAGACACUGUCAAUGUGAGCAUCAGUGAUGCCUCCACCUCGGUCACUGUGGAUACGCUGGACAGUACGGCCUCACGUCCCUCCAUUGCCUCGGGCAGAGCUACUGCAGGCAGUUUGGAAACAUCCAGGGAGAAUCUCUCUACAGAAGAUGCCCCUCUUCUGGACAACAGAACAGAAGAUGAAUCUGGCACUGAGGAUAUUGAAAUACAGAUAGAUGAUGAAGAUAACAAGGAAAUACUACUGUGGCUAUCAAAGUCCGUGCUAAAGUUCAGAAGCUGGGCAUGGCUGAGAGCUCUUCAGCAUACGGAGGUAGGAUUAGUUGAUGACAUGGCGGUCCAACUACUUCUGUUUGUGUUUGCAUGCAUCGUUUUAAGUAACCAUGCAGAGCAAUCUUGUGGAAUUGCAAACGUUCAAGUGGAGAACGAAGAUGGGACUACUCAGGUGUUUGAAGUGAAGGGACUCGAGCCAGUAAAAGGAGAAUCAUGCAGUAUUUGUGCGCUGAAACCCGUCAACUUCGUACCACAGUUGACAGCACUUCAGUCCAAUGUUUUCCUGGCUGUGGGAGAAGUCGCCUCUCAGUGUGAUGACACCAAUGCUGAUCUACCUGAAGGACUUUGUUCAUCCUUCAAGGACACGGGCGAUUGCUCCAAAGAUUCUGUAUGCAACCAUGACCCGGAGGAUCUUGCUGAUGUAAUAAUGAAGAAGGGCUAUGUGCCGAUGGCAACUGGAGAAGCGGAAACUGAUAAGAAACUGGCUUUAGGGAUAGUUUUGAUGAAUUCUGGGAGUCUUGAGGAAGCUAUCCAGAUUCUGCUGAGUGUGAUAAAGGAAAACCCCAAUACAAUGGCAGCCUAUUACAUCCUGGGAGUGGCUCAUGUGAGGAAAGGUGUCCAGGAGAGAGGUAAUGCAGUGAGUGCCAUGCGAGACUUCACAGAGGCAAUUCAGAGAAGUACCACGCAUUUUGAACCAUAUGCGCGACGGGCUGAGUUGCACUUGGCUUUAAAAGAUUACAAUGAAGCUCUGAAGGACCUUAUAAGGGCAGAGGAGUUCCAUCCUGACAGUAAGGUAUACUUCAUGAGGGGAAUCAUUCACCUACUUCUGGAGAAUUUUGUUGAAGCAGAGGAUGACUUUAAAAUGAAUUUGAACAAGGAGGAUCACCUGUACCUACCAUCUUAUUACCAUCUUGGUCUGACUAUGUACUACCGUGGAAAAAUCAGGAAUGCCAUUGAAGUUUUUAAAGAAGUUUUAAAGAUCAAACCUGAUUAUGUGGAUGCUUCUACAAGUUUAGCUCAAGCUUUCAAAGAAUUAGGUAAUCUGCGAGCUUCUCGUGGUAAGUUCAACCAUUCCCUGAACAUCAACCCUAGUCACAGCCAGUCACUCCAGUUGAGAGGAAACAUGCUUUACCACAGUGGAGAAACUGUAAAGGCAGCCCAAGACUUUAAAAAAUGUACAGAAAUAGACCCAGAAAACAUCAACUGUCAGUACAUGUUAGCACUGUGUGAUGCAGCAGUGGGAAAGUUCUACGAUAGUGUCAAAGCUACCACAAAAGUUAUGGUGAAAAAUUCAAACGUUAUGAGGGCUUCACCAGAAUUUUUAAAAGCACAUUAUUUAAGAGAAUAUGUGCGGUAUCUACAUUCCCACCUGGAUAAGCCCAUCCAGGACCUGAAGCUGGACCAAGAUUUAUCGGAGGAGUUCAGAGAUCACUGGGCCAAACUUUUACCAUUCAAGUUCAGAAACGCCUAUAAAGAGCAGCCCGGUUUACAACCAGAUAUAAAAGAUGUUGUACUUAGCCAGAUAAAACAAUACCCUAGCAAUAUACAGAAUCUAAUAUGUAAAGCAGAUAAAAUAGGGAUGUUGACCCAGGUGAAUACAGAUGGCUACACUCCCAACAGAAAACUUAAUAUGGCCAUGGGAUUGGCAUCUAUACAUAUAUCACAAAUAUUAGAGGCAAGAUGGAAAGGAUUACGACAAAAUAAACAAAUGGAGCGAUCGUUAACGUGGANUUAUAGCUAA